AUGGACAGGACUACAAUUGCCAACUAUGUCUUUCAAGACAAACCGUUAACGAAAAGCAAUCAUGUGGCUGCUCUUUCUAAUUGCUUAGAUGCCGCCAUGAACAACCCUUUUAUCAACAAGAUCAACCUCCUUGCCUCGAUACCAUUGUCUGCCGACACUGCUCUUGCCUCUUUACGGCUGCUCACUUCAUUACUCGACACAUUACCAGGAUCCUGGCCAACAUUCGAUCUUUCAUGCUGUUUCUCGAGACUAUGGAAUCUCCUACCCGAAGACGUGAUAGCGGGCAGGGAUACUCAACAUAACGCGCUCCUGGAUACCUUAUCACAACAGAUGAAGAACACAUAUUCGGAUGUCUGCUCUCUGCUCCCCGAAUCAGAUACUCCCGCAAUUUAUGGUGCUUCAUCCUCGAACCCCCUUAGCCACAAGAAGUUACACCAAUUUGUGAGAGAUUUUAGUCUGCCCACCAAACAAACCAUUGGACGCAGAUCAGUCGUUGCCUUGGCUCUACCGAACGGUCCCGUGCUAGGAUUGGCUCUUUUAGCCACUGCAACCUACUACACAGCAGCGCCCGUAACAGUGGCUUCAGGGCCAGAACAGUUCCAGAGUGAUGUCAUGCAAGCAGGAGCUAGUGUGGUCCUCGUUACUCGACCAGAUAUUCAAAGACUGGGACUGGAUGGCUCUUGGGUACGUGAGGCUGGAAUCGAAGUGAUCCUUGUUGAAUCUAGAGAGGACUCGACUUUCGAUAUGGUUUACAGUAAUGGAUCUCCCGUACUCACCAGCUCAAACCCCAAGCCCAACGGAUCUGACGAUAUUGCACUUGUACUGUUCACAUCAGGUACUUCCGGCAAGAAGAAGGUCGUCCCCUACACUGUUCAUACCAUCAUUUCUGGCGUGGGAUUUGUCAUUGAGUCCUGGGGACUGACCAAGGACGACAUUUGCAUCAACAUGAUGCCGCUCUUUCACGUUGGUGGCAUCGUCAGAAAUCUGUUCGCUCCCAUCAUGGCCGGUGGCUCCACAAUUUGCUGCCCAGCCUUUGAUGCCAACUUGUUCUGGGAUGUUGUUGAGGAUCUGCAACCAACCUGGUACUAUGCUUCUCCCUCAAUGCAUUCCGUCAUUCUUGAAGAAGGCCGCAACCGCCCAUCAGCGCUGGAGAACAGCAAAAUGAGAUUGAUUUGUAACGCCGCUGGUGGUCUUCUGCCUUCGCUUGCGUGCACACUACGAGACACUUUCAAGUGUAUCGUUCUUCCGAGUUACGGUAUGACAGAGUGCAUGCCUAUUUCAAGUCCACCUCUCAACUAUCAGCUCGACCGAUCUGGCACAUCUGGAGUCAGCGUCGGCCCAGACAUGGCGAUUCUGGACGGCAACGAUAGCAGACUACCCAUCCAGACGGUCGGCCGCAUCGCUGUGAGAGGUGCACCCGUGUUUGGUGGAUAUCUCAAAGACAACGACGUGUUGGACACCUCAUGCUUUACCGCUGAUGGCUGGUUCGACACUGGUGACAUGGGUUAUCUGGACGCAGACGGCUACCUUUACGUGACUGGAAGAAGCAAGGAAGUCAUCAACAGAGGUGGUGAACUCAUCUCGCCCUUCGAAAUCGAAGAAGCCGUGGUCACUGCUGCUAAGCGUGAAGGCAANCCCCUCUUCGGUCGCGUGUCGGCUGCUUUGGCGUUCUCGAUGCCCCACGAUGUAUUACAGGAAGUUCCUGGUGUGGUCCUCGUCACCCCUCUUGGUGCUCGCCGUGCCGACAUCAAGACUAUUCAAGAAGCCCUAAAGGACUCCCUGAGUCAAGUCAAGUGGCCCAACUACGUUGUGUACAUGGACGAUCUUCCUAAGAAUAACAACAAGGUUCUUCGCAUCAAGCUUGCAGAGCGUCUUGGUCUGACCGAGAUCACCGACGAGACGCCUCUGGCUGAUCGCCAUUUCGAAGCCGCUUGCCCUCCUCCAAACACUCCUCUCAGCACCCGUAUCGGUGGUUCGAUCUGUUCCUUCGACGCAGCCCUCGUAUCUCGCAAACUUUCGUCGGUCUUCGGCAUGGAUAUCGACAUUGCUGUAAGAAAAGCGUCUCACGACGGAUACCCAGAAGCUUUCCUCGCUCCUCGCAAGAACUCGACCAUCACCCCAGUCAUGUCAAGUUACCCCAGCUUUGACUCACUUCUGCGCGCUGAGCUCGACGGAUAUCUCAUCCCGAGCAAAUUGCACUGCCUCGACGUUCCCCUGCCUAGAGACAGAGAAGGCUCCGUUGACAAUGCUCAGCUGGAGACUCUGAUCGAAGCCGGUCCUGACGAGAUCGAUGGCGACAUGACUCAGACCGAAGCCAAGAUUGCUCAAGUCUUCGUUCGCAUCCUUUCGUGUGCUGCUUCUGAGCUCACUCCUGACUCAGACUUCUUCGCUUUGGGAGGUGACAGUCUUCGUGCUGGCCGCUUGUUGUCCGAACUUCGCAAGGAGUUCAAGGUUCGUCUGCCUAUCGAUUUGCUCUUCGUGCACAGCAGGAUUAGCGCUUUGGCCCAUAAUAUCGACGAAAUGCGUGGUCCUACUGACGAAAAGCAUGCCGCUGCUGAAACCGAGCUGGCUCCUGUCAACUAUGGCUGCGAAAAGACAUACAGCUCUACCAACCCUAUUGUCCUCUUGGUCCAGCUUUUGCCCAUCGGUCUGCUGUAUCCCUUGAAGCGUGCAUUGACUUGGACUUGUUUCAUGUACAUGCUCAGUGCCACGCGCGACUGGGUCACCGCGACUAGACUUAUUGGACGUCUCUUCAACCUGAUCCUCGCUCUUGGUAUCGCCAAGGCCAUUACUUUGAUUGUCUGUCCCAUUCUUGCCAUCUGUCUUAAGUGGAUUAUCAUGGGUACAUACAAGGAAGGCAUGUACCCUAUGUGGGGUCCUUAUCACACGCGCUGGUGGGUCACCGACAAAAUCGUCACGAUUCUCGGAAAGGGUUUCUUCGGUUCAUCUGAACUCGGAACCACUCUGUACUACCGCUUGAUGGGAGCAAAGAUUGGCAAGGGCGUCAAGAUCGCUAAGCGUGCAGUCAUUCGUGAGUUCGAUCUUGUCACUCUCGAAGACGGAGCAAACCUGGACCAAUGCAUCUGCAGAGGUUUUGGUGCCGAGCAUAACACCAGCAUGUACCUCGGUCAUGUUCGUGUAGGCAAGGCAGCAAGUGUCGGUCUUGCGUCUAUCGUCGCUCCUGGAACAUCAGUGCCUGACAACGCAUGCAUUGGUCCUAACUCGUCGAGCUGGGAGGCCGAUGAUGCCAGCGAAGAAUUCCGCGACUUGUCUGCCAGCAAGAUUCCCGGCGCCCAUCCCAUUCUAGCUUUCUUGUUCAUCACUCCCAUCUCUUUGAUUGUCACUCUUUGCAAGAGCGGUCCCUGGAUUGGUGGUCUGGUCGGUCUUGUCUUGACGCAGCCCAAGCCUACUUCGGACAAGGUCAUGUCAAUCAUCUUGUGGUUUGCCGUUCCCCAUCGUAUUGGUUGGCAUUUUGCUGCAAAGAUCUUCAGUGCUGGUGCAGCUCCUCUCACGUGGUUCUUUGCCGUUUGGGUCAUCAAGAAGAUUUUGGAUAUGACCAUCGGUAAACUUACCCCAGGACCAGCCCAGUCCAGAUCGCAAGCCCAACGUUUCCGUAUGGCCGUGCUCAAAGCCAUUGCACCACCUGCAUCGUUCCACAGCGUCACCGAGCUGUUCGGUGGUCACUACGAGGCAACGUCAGUCCUAUAUCGUGCCAUGGGUGCUAAGGUUGGACAACGUGUCUAUUGGCCUGGAACUGGACCUUCAUUCCAGGACUUUGAUCUUCUCGACAUCGGAAGCGAUAUUGUUUUCGGCUCUCGCUCUCACCUUGUAACAUCCGACGGCACUGGCAGCGAUUACGUCCGGGUUCAGGAUGGUGCCAUGAUCUCUGAUCGUGUGGUGCUUCUACCUGGCGUCACCGUUGGCAAGAAGAGCGUCCUUGGUAGCGGUGCCUUGACCCGCAGAAACAAGUACUACGAGCAGGAGACAGUAUGGGUUGGAAGCAAGGCCGGCGAGGCUAUCUGUCUCAGUGGCAACAAGCGCUCCAACCCCUCUGAUACUGCUAACGUGCAACACGGCAUGCCCAGCCUGAACAGCACUACCAAUUCUAGCAGUGUGACUCUGAGCGAGAAAGAAAAGAUUGAGAAUGAGAAAGCAAUUCAAGAAGGUGUGCUGAGCAGCAGCUCAUCGAUGACGAUGGUCGAGAAGGAGCAGGCAGCCGCAUCUUCGUCGCCUUUCGGUCGCGCCUUCUACGAAGGCCAAGCUCCCUACCACGUUUUCGGUCCUUGGACAAUCUUCCUGUACUCAACCUUCACAACCAUCUUUGUCGCAUUCUACUGGAAUAUCUCGUCCAUUGGUGCCCUGCAACUUGUCGCCCAGCUCAUUAAGACUUCCGAUCCCGUCCACAACCCCGACACUCCCUACCGUCCUGUUCUAAUUUUCGCCCUCUUCGCCGCUUUCAUCGCCGUUCUACACACUGUCCAGGCUGUCCUUGCUCUUGCCAUCGUUGUCGCUGCCAAGUGGAUUCUUCUCGGUAGACGCCAGGUCGGCAACUACGACUGGGACAAGAGCAGCUACUGCCAACGCUGGCAAUUGUUCCUCACAAUCGAGAAGCUGCGUCGCCAGUGCUAUGGUGGUGCUGGUGUCAUCGGUCUCCUGACUGGUACCCACUUCGCUGUCAUGUACUUCCGCGCUCUUGGUGCCACCAUCGGCAAGGACUGCUCCCUCUUCUCGGGCGGUCUGCCAUCGCUGAUGUUCACUGAGCCCGAUCUUCUUACUCUCGGUGAUCGUGUUGCUGUUGAUGAUGCAUCCCUGGUUUCGCACAUUAACUCUCGUGGUGUCUUCAACCUCAACCCCUUGGUUGUCGGUGAUCGCAGUGUUCUCAGAAGCGGUUCGAGACUGUUGUCUGGUGCAAACAUGGGCCAGGACACUAUGCUGCUCGAACACACCCUCGUCAUGGCUGGUGAUGUCGUUGACGAUGGAGUUACAUACCAAGGAUGGCCCGCCGAGGGCUUUGAAGGCCAUCGUGCACCUCUUCGCAAUGGCCCGGUCACUCUUGUGGCCGAGGCCUAA